AUGACUGGGAGCUAUUUGAUCCCCAAGCACGUGAAUCUGUCUUUAUGCUGAGUUGUUGCUGUUGAACGAUGCCUGCCGCCUCUACAAAACAAGAAACUAAGACCUCUCCGGAGGCAGCGGAUCCAAUGAAACAAGUCCUUAUUGUCAUGGACAAAAAAGUCCGUAAUUUGGAGAAGAGAAAGGGUAAGCUUGAUGGCUACAGGGAGAAGAAGGACUCAGGAGCAACCCUGGAGAAGGACCAGCAGUUGGCCAUAGAUCGAUAUGGAGAAGUGAUUCAGAACUUGGAGUUUGCCAGGGAGCUGCAGAAGCACUUUACAACGCUUGCUCAGGAGGCUGAACGCUUCCUCAAGAAGCAAGCCAAAAAGGAGAAGACGGAACAUCAUUCUGCGGAGAUGAAAAGAAUUGGAGAAAUCUUGAGAUAUCAGAAUCUCCUGGACGCCAUGGGGUCUGAGAAAGUCCGGAGUGAUUUUCAGACAGGGAAACAUGGUGCAGUUGUACUAACUGAGGAGAACUUGACCCAGUUGGAUGAACUGUACAAGCUCCUAAGUCCGAGCAGAGAGGGUGAGACUAAUUACGUAGAGGAACUCGGCAAGUCUUCUGAGCACUUUGUCAGUCUUCUGGACAGAAAGGACAAACCCGUAGUGGGAACCACCUACAAGGACCUCAAAGUUCUGAUUGACUUGAUUGAUGACUGUGGCUACUUCGAACAUGCUAUGGAAGAAGAAGAAGGCCACGAUAGUGAAUAUGUGGUCGUCAACACAACAGAAAUCCCAAAUCCGGACUCCGCAGAGGUGCAGGCAUCUUUACCACCCGAACAAACAGAACAAUCCAUUGAACAAAGCAACACAGCAACUUCUAGCAACAAUGAGGCACAACUUGAAAGCAUGAGGGAAGCAGAUUCCUUUUUCUCUCAAAAAUCAGCGGCACCACCCCAGACAAAUGCAUCUCUUCAGCAACAACAACAAAGUAAUGUAGCUUAUCCCCGACAACGCCCUUUCCAAGAAAUCGUGUCAGAGGUUCAAGGAAGCUGCAUCUUCCUUCAAGAAUCUACCAUCGACAUGGAAUCUCCUCACAUGGACCCAGCUGUUGUGGCAGUGACCUCUCACCCCAUGGGGCACCCCACCACUCCUCAGUCAGACCCCACCCAGAUCCCUUCACAGACCUACACCAAUCAAGGCUAUGCACAAGCAAGUCAACAGAAGUCAGUGUUAACACAGCAAACAGUGGACUAUUCACAAACAUUCUCACAGACACUACCAAGUGAUUCACUAUUUCAAUCCACAGACAAUAGCAGUUCUCAAAUGUCUCAGAAUGUGUUAAAUCAAAAUGUCAGUGACAGCACAAUAUCUCAGUUUGAAAUGCCACCACAGAUCCCUAUGCCCCCAGGCCAGGAUGACAGGUCCCAGGAUGCUCAAACAGAGAAGUUUCAGAUGAACCCCAAUGCUGAAAUGUUUCGGUCCAAAAUGCAUUCAGCAUUCCCUGUGUCAGACGAGGGACAGACACCUGAUGACUUCUCUCAGCAACAAGACGACCAACAGGGAGAGUUUGGAAAUGGUUUUAACUCAGGAUAUAGAUCUCGUGGCGGUUUCCGUGGAGGUCGUGGUAAUCGCGGUGGUGAUCGAGGUGGCAUGUCUAAUGGAUAUGGAGGCAGGGGAAGGGGCAACUAUGGAGGAAACAGAGGAAACUAUCAGGGUUAUAACAAUCGUGAUAAUUACCGAGGUGGAAAUUACAGUCGUGACAAUUACCGUGGUGAUAAUUACAACAACAAUGGUUAUCAGAAGAGAGACGGUCCACCAAGAGGAGGGCCAAGGGGAGCGGGACGUGGCGGUCCUAGGGGUGGAUUCAACAACAAAGGAAGUGGCGGGGGAUUCCGCGGCGGCAACAGCGCUGGAGGGUUCGGAAAACCUCCCUCACAGCAACAGGCAGCUUAAGCAUUAUUUAUGAACAGUAACAAGUGCUUGCACAACUAUCAGAGCUCUUGAAAAAUUUAUAAUUUGUGGAUAAUUUAAUUUUUAUUGCUUUUGAGUUUCCUUUGCAUUUUUUUGAAUGACAUGUCCAUAAGUUCACUUUUUGUUUACUUUGUUUUAAACAGUUCAUGUUCAUUGUAUAUGUAUGUUCUGUGUUUUAUUUUUCUUUUCACAUAAGUUCAUGCAUUUAAAUUUUCCACAAGUUAUAUGGUAGCAGGUUUUUGUGUUAACAGCAUUAAUUUUUUUAGGGUAUUGAAUGGAAUAUUCUGGUUUUGUGCAGAGCACCUUGUAGGUGUGGUAGGGCAAAAUUCAACAGCAAUCAACAAGAACUUAAAAGAAAAACUUGAACCAAAGCUGCAGCAUAAGAAUGGAACAAUGUGAUACACAUCCUUAUAAUCCCACAGUUGGUUUCACUUCUCUUGCCUCGAGGGAAGAAAAGUGAGACUAAGAGUUGUAGGUUUCUAAGGAUGGAUGUCACAGUAGUAUUAAACACAUCAAGAAACAUGCCAUGUGUAGUGCUAAUUUCUCAGUACAUGGUACUGUGUGUGUUUACUUCUACUGAAAUAAAGUCAUUUGUGAAAAAAAAUAUUUUAAAAAAUACAUGAAAAAAAUAGGAAAAAUAUUGCAAAUCCACUGUACAAGAAGAAAUGCAACCCUCAUGCUUUCUUUUGAUUUUAUAUUGUUUGGUCCAUGAUCAUAGAUGUUGGUGUGUUAAAACAUCGGACCUUUACAAUUAAAAUUUCAGAACUUGAGAA